AUGGACGCUGCUCGGCUACGCCAGAGAUCUGCCAGUCAUAGCUCGCUGCGCAGCCAGUAUCGAUAUCAAAGCAGAAUGAUCAACUACACCAAUCCGCGUCCACCAGCUCAGAGACACCCGCUGCGCAGUGUCAACGAAAAUGUCGCUCUUCUACGCUCCCCGGAUCCCCUGGAGAGCAUGCUAAAGACCACAACCGAAACCGGUGAUAUCGGUAUCUUUUCCAUCGGGCCACACUCUUCAUCAGCAUCGUUUGCUCGUCCCAAGAGAUCCAGGUCACAUCCAAGGGAAACAAUUCUACCGCUCCCGGCACGCUCCUCUGCAUAUGAUGAAGGCUAUUACUGCCACCCAGAUGGCCAUAAGAGGCUGCGGUCAUAUCGCGAUACUACAUCUGAAAUCAUCUCCCUCUAUGGCUCCGAAAGCCAGAAAACGUUAGUAUCGUCGGUCUCCCCGACGAGCAUUGACGAUGAUCCUAGGUCAUACUCCAUGACCACAACAACCAGCUCAAAACAAAUUCCAUCUCAAAAGUCUACUGGUACAUUACAGAGCCAGUCGAGCGGAAGUGGCUUCCAGCGCCCGAGAUCUCCCUUUCCGUAUCCAACUCGACUGAAGCGUCCAGGGGUUCGUCCAGCCUCUCCGGCUCUCAGGGAGAAUGGGGAUAUCGACUACAGUAGAAUGGUUGAGCUUGAUCGGUUUUCCCAAAGAACUAUUCACGGGUCGUACAAGCCUACUUAUGCACAUGGGCCUCGACGGCCCCUCCCAAUGGCUUUUCGUCCCGAUGUAAAUAGGUCAACAUCUUCUCUACCAUCGAGAACAGCGCCCUCGCCGUAUCUUUACGCACCAGUGCCUUGCCAAGUCAGAGGUCCCAAUUCUUCCGUGCCUUGGGGGAUGUCCAGGCAGCCGAAUCGACACCAGCGAGGCUCCACUGACCAGAGUACUCGCUCGGCCAGUCUAACUUCCAUUGUCGAAAUGUAUGAUAGGCCAAUGACUUCAAAUUCGAAUUGUGCGCCUCCCCUCCAAUCACCUGGCUCUUUCUACUACGACUACAGUGAACAAUUUGAGGACCAGUCACCUUGGGACAUGGAUAUGGACAUACCGCUACAUCCCAUUCCGCAAAGGGUUGAGAAUAUUCGCCGCUCACUGCUGCUAAUGGACAAUAUCCAAGGCAGCUUUGAAGCGGACGGUAACUAUCCAGACUCAAUAAAAUCCAAUGCGAAAGAGGAUGGAAAGGCUUAUAUAGAGGCUUUCCAGUUGUCAGAUGCCGUAAAUGGCAACUCUGAAGGCACUGGAUCCAAGCAGUCAACUUCUGAUGACGAAGAUGGUGCCAUGGAAAGGCAAUCUACUGCCGAGCCAGGUCCAAAGGAGACCCCUUUGAUAACCAUUUCCGAUGAAGAACAGGACCCGCCUCCAAUUCUCUCGAAUCGAGUGUCAACGGAUAUAGAGGCAGAUGCAAUUGAUAUGCUUUCAAUGACGAGCGGUUCGACUUCUUUGGGGCCAAACUCCCCUUUAGAAACUCCUUCAAAAAUAUUGGAAACCAACUUUAAUGUAGCGAGUGAAUGUCGGAGUCGACGGUCAUCUCAAGUUAGCCUUUCGAAGCUGAGAUAUUCGUUAGACCCUGCACUGUCCGAAUUUGCCUCAGUUUUGUCAUCCUUUGACCGUUUGGUAAGGAUUCCGGCCACAAAAGACUGCGAGGUACAGUCCAUCAGCGGAGGGCGUCAUGAUACCUAUGCGUACCAGCAAGAAGACGUACACCCGGUUAACCUGAAAUGCUUGAAUCGGCGGCCAUCGCCACCAUCGUCAGACCCGGUUGGCGAAGGAGAUGGCGAAUAUCUAAAAUGUCAUCGCAGGAAUGUCGCGGCCAUGCGAAUAAGCAUAACUGGUAUCGUCCCAGACGAGGUAUUGAAUCAUACACCCGAGCGUCACAACAACUUCUCGAUUCUCUCACCAGAACCCAUCUCACCUGUACGUGAGCUGAGAGUCAAGGAAAGCAUACCACAGUUGAUGAAAGCCUUGCCCCCGCUACCAAGAGAAGCUGAGAAGCUUUCGGGCUAUGGUACCGCGGGUAUACCAACGAUAAAUGUUUAUCAGGGGCAUGGCCCCUUGAUUUCGGGCAAAGAUUGUCCUUCAGGAAUGAGGCGGCCGUUGGAACCAAAACAAACUUCUUCAUCGCCCGCAAUAUCACGACAUUCACAGGAUUUUCAGCCAAAGUUCAAACUUAGAGCUCGGGCACCAUCAUCAUCACCCGGAAAGUCGGGUGAUGUGGCGUGCAAGGUUGCAACUCACAGGCCGACGUAUAACGGCAUCUACGAUUACGAGUAUAUUCAAGCAGUGCGGCCAAAGCUCAAGCUCAAAUUACCGCGCAACCAAGUUCGACCUGGCCAGACUGGGCUUUCCCCAUACAACAAUCGGCUGAAGCAAUGCAACUCGCUUGCAGAGUUGACACCUCGUCUUCAGAAUGAUACGGCGGAUGAACAUAUUGGAGUUGACAUGGGCGGCAAGAAACAAGUAUCGAGCUUCGAUUCACUGAAUGGGAACACGGCGGCAAUAGAGGAAAAUUCUAUUCGUUUUGAGCCGUCACCCCAGCCGUCUGAUCAGUUUAAUAUCCCUUAUCCACCAUCACCGCCCAAGGUGGAGGCACAAUCAAGCCCUACCGCUGCAUCCAUAAAGGGAGAAGAAUUGGUUGAGAUACGUGGCAGUUGUGUUGAUAAUAAUCCAAACAGGCCUCGUGGGUUGCGAGGCAAGUUUUCGGUACUUCGGUUGAGAUUUACUAGCCCGCAAAGAUAUACUAGCACAUCAAAGGAGACCUUGGCCGUGCCUUAUGACUCUCGGGGGGUAGGAGUCAGCAGUACAAAUCAGUCAUCUCCUGUUGAAGCAGAGAAGGUGGGAUGGCGUGUCAAGCGGUGGGCACGAGAUGCCAAAAAGGCUGUUCGACUGUAUGUGAAGAGAACUUUGGAGCGGUCCCCCAAAGUGAGUGUGAGCGCCUGA